UUGAACUUAAGACCUCCCGUCUCUAGGCCUGACUCUCAAUCCACUGAGCUACCCAGUUGCCCCCUCUGAGCUCUUUUCUUAAACUACAGUGUGCCCAUGGAGGUGGGCAGGAAUCCUCUGAGAAGCAUCAAACCCAGCCUGCCUUGCCCUGCGCUGUGACUGCAGACAGAACAACUUGGACUCUUCCUGUCAUUCCAGGAUCCCUGGCUGGCCCCUCAGGAGAGAGAGGCAGAGAUCAGGGCGAGAAAGGGUCCUGGGGGGCUGCUUCCUCCCCCCAGCCUCCCCAUGUCCCCUCUAGAAUGGCCCUUUUCCUUCCUCCAGGGAAAAACCGCUAAGGAAGAGCAGGAGGCGCGGACGUUGCACCUCCGGAGCCUGCAGUACCUGGAGAGGUACGUCUUCCUGGUCCUCUUCAACGCCUACCUUCACUUGGAGAAGACGGAUUCCUGGCGGCGGCCCUUCAGCGUCUGGAUGCUCGAGGUGGCCUCCAAAGCCGGAGUCUACGAGGUCCUGAACCAGCUGGGCUUCCCCGAAUUUGAGCCCAUCGAAGACAAGCCCUUGUCGCGGCUGCGCUACCGAUGGCAGGAGCGGAAGCUGGGCCCGGGGCCCUUCCAGGGGCACUUGCUGUAGAAGGCCGUGCGCGCGGGAGAGGCGGCUCCUUUCCCUUCCUCCCUCUCACCGGACAAGGAGGGCCGGCCGGGCCUGGAGGAGGAGGAGGAGGCCGCUUCUCCCUCUCCGGGAGGCCCGGCCGGGCUGGGGCAGCGCCUUAUAAAAGAGGCUUUGAGAGGGACCUUUGACGACACAAUAAACCAUAUUGUACAUGAA